AUGCCGACAACCUCGACACCACCCAGCUCCAUCGUCUUCUAUGACAUAACCAUGCGCCCCCCCGUGGAGAAGACCUGCUGUUCACCGAACCCCUGGAAAGCCCGAAUGGCACUCAACUUCAAGGGUCAGCCAUAUUCGACCUCCUGGGUGGCCCUACCCGACAUUCCCAAAGUCCGCAGCAGUCUCAAAGUACCGCCCUGUCGCAAAUUCGCCGACGGCACCGACUUCUUCACCCUGCCGAUCGUCGAAGAUUCCGCCACGGAUUCAUCAAUCGGCGACUCUUUCGAUAUCGCGGUCUACCUGCAGAAAACGUAUCCGACCUCGGGCGCGGGGGACCUUUUCCCCCCUCAGACGCUGGACUUCGUCUUUAAUCAUGAUUACAUUCCACUGGUACCGCUCACGGAGUGUGGCGAGAAGAACUUCCCCGAGUAUGCCAAGUUCAAUAUGAACAUCGACGCAGCCUUUACCGCACAUGUGCAGCUGGCGGUUCAGGGGUUCCCCUUCCAUCCCGCCACUGCCGACAUCACCAAGGCCGAGUUCGUUCGUCGCGCGGGUGUUACGUGCUGGGAAGACUUUGCGUUGGUCGGCGCGGACCGAGAGAAGGUAAAGGACUCGUUCCGGAAUAUGCUGGGUGGUCUGGCGAAGCUAUUCCAGAGAGACACUAGCGGCCCUUUUCUCCUCGGAACACGAGCGAGUUAUGCGGAUAUGAUUGUCGGGGGAUGGCUGCGAAUGAUGCGCGUAACUCUUCCGCAGACUGAAUGGGAUGAGCUGGCAAGUUGGCAUGGGGGUCUUUUUGGUCAGUUGCAUGAUGCGUUGGAGAUAUACGCGGAGGUGAAAUAG